GUCAUUGACGGGGAGUAUCCAUAUGUACAUGAAGACGGUAUGUGUAUAUGGUAUGGAGAGUGUGGUGAAAGUCCAUCUGACACAGAAACAGGAAAAACUGUUAACUGUUUAUAUAAUGAUGUACCAAAGCCUUUAACGGAUGAACUUGGCCUCAACAUUUUGUUAGAACUCUGUCCAGAUUUGAUAUAUGUAGAUAAUAUAACAGGAGAUUACAUGACAUGUUGCGACACAGAUCAAAUAGUCACGUUACAGAAACAAACAGCAUUUCCACAGUCUGCCUUUGCUCGUUGCCCGGCAUGUUUAGCAAAUUUCAUGAACCUGUAUUGUCAGGUUACUUGUAAUCCACAUAACAGUAAGUUCGUCAACGCCACGAGAACAGGCUACAUCGAAUAUUACAAUCAAACACAAAUAUACGAAGUAGACUACUAUCUUAGUAAGAGAUUUGCUGAUGGCACAUUCUACUCGUGCAAUGAGGUCAUCUAUCCAUCCACAAACUCCCCGGUGAUUGGACUCAUGUGUGGGCCUUAUACGGCCGAAGACUGUACAACACAGCGUUGGUUGGACUACAUGGGUAGUGCUGAUAAUGGAGUAACACCUUUCCAAAUGAAUUUCAUUCUAGCAGAGAAUGACACAGAGUAUGGACACGGAAUAGAACCUUUUGACAUGCCUUUUGUACCGUGUAACAUUGCACCGUACGACGACACGUACCCUUGCAGUUGCCAAGACUGCACGGCGGCAUGUGGAGACGCCCUGGAACGACCACCAGAAGAGGCACCAUGGAUCAUAGCUGGUUUAGACGCCGUCUUGUUCAUAAUGAUAUUGAUAUUCUGUUCAUUUGUAAUAAUAUACCUGGCAUUUUUAGCUUUUUAUUAUAUAAUAAUUAAAAGCAAGGAUUCAUAUGAGAUUGGGAAGCAGGACUUGUUAGUAUCACCUGAGCAAAUCACCUGCUUUGACAAAACGGCAUUCUGCCUGGAUAAAUACCUUAACAAAGUAUUUCGCUACUGGGGCAUAUUUGUGACGUCACACCCAAUAAAAGUAAUUGCCAUCGCCCUUAUAAUCGUCAUUAUUUGUGGUCUUGGAAACAUUUUCAUAGUCAUCACUGUUGAUCCAAUCGACCUUUGGGUUCCCGAAGACAGUCAAUGCCUAAAAGAAAAGGAAUACUACGAUACACACUUCCAACCGUUUUGGAGAGUGUCGCAAGUGAUAAUCACACCAACUAAUCACAAUGCGUCUGUCUAUGCAGCGUGGCCUGAUGGACGCCAUGAGAACUUCGGGCCAGUUUUGCAAAAAGACUUCUUACAUCAGACUUUGGUCAUGCAAGAUUAUUUAAACUACAUGAAGGUAUACUAUGAAGCCGAUGACGAAUAUUUCACUCUGGAAGACAUAUGUUAUGCCGCUCUUGCUCCAGAUAACACAAAAUGCACGAUACAGAGUGUUUUGCAGUAUUAUCAAAAUGACCAUGUGUUGCUGGAUAAAGUGGUACCGCCCAGUGGAGAUGAUGAAUAUUCAGCGGAUUACAGAGAUCAUUUCUUGUAUUGUGUAAACUCCCCUGCAUCAAUGCAAGAUACAACGCCAUAUGCCGAGCAAUGUCUUGCUGAAUAUGGGGGUCCUAAUUACCCAUAUACAUGUAUGGGAGGAUAUGAUGAUGAUAACUACAACAACGCCACCGCUUUGUUGGUGAUAUUUUUGAAUGACAACUAUAUAGACAAUGACAAGGCCGUGGACAAAGUUAAAGUUUGGGAAAAGGCUUUCUUAGAUGUUGUAUCCAAUUGGAAUAAUUCUAAUUUUAGCCUUUCCUACUUCGCAGAGCGUUCAAUUGAAGACGAGCUGAUUCGUGCAAGUCAAGCAGAUAUUCUUACUGUCGCUAUGAGCUAUGUGUUUAUAUUUUGUUAUAUUACCAUAGCUCUUGGUGAAAUCUACCAAUGUGAUCGUUUGCUGAUUGACUCCAAAGUGACCCUCGGACUUGGUGGCAUACUCCUCAUUCUGUGUUCAGCCUUUGCUGCUAUGGGAGUAUAUGGUUAUAUCGGUGUCGAGUCUACAUUGAUAAUAAUAGUGGUAGUGCCAUUCUUAUUGUUAGCUAUUGGUGCUGAUAUGAUGUUUAUAUUCGUUCUCGAUUAUCAGAGAAGUACGCGUAGGUCUGGUGAAACAAGAGAAGAAAAUUUAAGUCGUGUGUUAGGUGAUGUAGCGCCUAGUAUGGUGCUGUCGUGCCUUUCUGAAUCAGUUGCAUUCUUUUUGGGUGCUUUAACUACCAUGCCAGCUGUUCGUACAUUUGCAUUGUAUGCAGGGCUUGCCGUAUUGUUCAAUUUUUUGUUACUAGUCUCCGCAUUUGUUGCUUUAAUGUCACUGGAUCUCAGGCGACAAGAAGAUGGACGGUACGAUAUUAUUUGCUGCGUUGCACCUAAGAAAAAAAGACCAGCUCCAAAACAUAAAGAGGAUUCUUACGUAAUUGAUUUCUACGAAGAUUUAGCCCAGUAUUUAAUGGUUGGUACACCUGUAUACUUCGUCGUGGCAGGUGGCUACAACUACUCGACGAUUGAAGGACAGAAUAGAAUAUGUGGUGGCGCUGGGUGCUUCGAAGAUUCGCUGACACAGCAGAUAUACUAUGCCUCAAAGGACCCCGAGUUUACCACAAUUGCUAUGCCCGCCAUGUCUUGGAUAGAUGACUAUCUGGAUUGGUUACAGCCAACACUCACUGUGUUCAGACCAUGUUGUCGAAAGUAUCGGUUUAAUGAAGACGAAUUUUGUCGUUCUGAUGAUCCUGGCUUAGAACUUCCUGAUCUUCCCAUAUGGUUCCCACCGCCGAUUCCGCGACCGAGCUUCUUGCCUGACAUUGAACUACCCGUUCCUUACAUCUAUUACGAGCAGUACUUGACAAUGGUUGAAGACACCGUCUACCAAUUGACAAUAGCCUUAUUGGCCGUUUUCUUUGUCAGUUUUCUUCUGCUUGGAUUUGAUCUGCUCUCUUCCAUCUGCAUAAUUCUGACUAUCACUAUGAUAAUUGUAGAUAUGUUAGGGUGUAUGUAUCUAUGGGACAUCGAUCUCAAUGCCGUAUCGUUGGUAAACCUCGUUCUGGCUAUUGGUAUUUCUGUGGAAUUCAUAUCACAUGUCACUCGGUAUUUCGCACAGUGUACGGAAAAGACUAGAGUUAAGAGGGCAGAGGCUGCACUGGCGCAUAUGGGCAGUUCGAUUCUGAGUGGUGUUGCGUUCACCAAUUUAGCGGGUAUUAUUCCAUUGGCAUUUGCUAACUCCCAGUUGUUUGAAGUGUUCUACUUCCGAAUGUUCCUAUUGAUCACGAUUCUUGGAUGCGCACAUGGCAUCAUAUUCCAACCAGUACUUCUCAUAUACUUGGGUCCAAAAGUGAACAAAGCCACAUUGCAUGCCAAGCAAAAUAUCGAUGAUUUUACAAACACUAAUAUUAACAUGGGAAUUGACAAUAUAGCACUAGAUGGAAUCAAUGAUGACGUAACAGAGAGUAAAUCUAAAAAGUACCCAGAUUCAAUAACAGUGAACGACGGUCCAUGA